AUGCAAGGUAUAAAUAUGCAAGAGUAUUAUCUAGAUAAGAUUCAAAAAAAUAUUAGUCAAAUAAAGAAAGCACAAAAUAUUUGUUUAUGUCAGAGUAUUCAUGAGGAUAAAUUUAACGUAAAUAAUAAUUAUAUUGCAAACAAUUUAGAAUAUAAUGAUGUGUCAAAUAAUAAAAAAAAUAUUUUUGUUCUAGAUAAGAAUACUAGUAAAGAAAUGUCUUAUGAAACAAAUCUAAAUAAAGAGAUGGAAAUAAAAGAACAAUAUAUAAAUAAUAAUAAUUGUAAUAAUGAAUGUAUUAAUGAUUAUGAUAGAUGUUAUAAUGUAUAUAACAAUAAGAUUAAUAAUAAUACAUGUACUAAGCCAAUAUAUUUAUCAAAUAAUUUUGUUGAAAACGAAGAUAUUAAUAUGUUAAAAUAUGAAAAUUUGAAGUAUUGUAAAAAUAAGUUAAUUAUGGCUAAUGAUACAAAUAAUUCAAAUAAUAAUGUAAUAGAAAAAAAUAAUAAUUUAAUUGAAAUAGAAGGCAAUAAAUGCUUUAAUAACUCUCCUCUUAAUAAUGCGAAAUUAAUAAACUACAAAACAAAUAAAUCAAUAAAUAUAAAUUAUGUUAAAUCAGAUGAAAAUAAUUUAAAUAUUAUUAAUAAUUCUACUACAAACAACAAAGGUAUUCUUGCAAAUUAUCUUGAUAAAAAAGAUAAUGAGAAUAAUAAUAUUACUUUGUUAACUCAUUUGAACAGUAAUAAUAAUCAAUUUUUAUAUAAUAAAAUCACUUGUUAUAAGAAUAAUGACAUGGAAAAAAAUAGGGAUUCAUGUGAACAUUUUAUUAAUCAUAAUUGCACUCAUAAUUAUUUUGAUAAAAUAAAUAUAAAAAGUAUAGAUAAAAAUUGUAAAGAUUAUGCUAUUGUAGACUACUCUAAAAAUCAUGUGACGCGUCCAAAUGCAUUUCAUGAAAUACAUAGCAAAAACGUUGUAAAUCAUUUUGAUAAAUAUAAUAUAAAAAUAUUAGAAAAUCAAAAUAAUAUAAAUAAUGUACACUUUUAUGAAGGAAAUGAUACAUCUAUAAAAAAUAAAAAUGUUUCCAAUAUUGAAAAAACAACAAAAAGUAUUCUCAACUUUCAAAAUAAUAAAAUGAGUUGCAGCUCACAAAGAUGUAAUGAUGAACAUAUAAAAGAGUCAGAAAUAAUUACGAAAAUGAGCAAUAACGCGUCAUUAAAAAAUAUAAAUAAGUACUAUAAAGAACCAAGCAAAAUACUAUAUACAGUGCAAGUAAAAGACCAAAUUGGUAAUUCAAGAGAUGAUUCAUUAGAAAAAAAUAAUUUACAACAUAUAUUUUAUAAUAAUUAUGAAAAAUGUCAAAUUCAUGUAGAUCAUUUAAUAAGUAAUAAUCUUAAAGACACAAAAAAGAUAAAUCAUUUAAAUAAACUAUACUCAUCUAUAGUUUUACCACAUUGCACUCAUUUAUCAACUUCUGAAAAAAAAAAUUCAAAUUAUUCUGUCAUGUUUAAAAAUAAAGAGGAUAAUAAAAUAUAUAAAAAUGAAAAAUUUACAACAAAUAUUAACUUAUAUGAAGAAAAAAAAGAGUCUAAUAAUUUGCAAUUUCCAAAAAAUAAGAUAGAAAAUGUAGCGGAAAUUAGUUGCAAUUUUCAAAACGGUUUCCAUAGGGAAAAAAUGGUAAUAAAUAAUUUACCGUUUCCAAAAAAAUAUAGUGAUAGCAUUAUCAGUGAAACAAAUAAAAAGGAAAAUUCAAAUAAAUAUUCUCCUUUUUUAGAAGAUAAAACAAGUUCUACAAUACAAAAUGUUAAUAAUAAUUGUAGUUCCUAUAUAAAUGAAAAAACUUCCAAUGAUAGCUUAGUUAUACCUAACAAUGUAAAUGAUGAAAAAAAAAGUAUGAACAAUUUAGAAAAAGAUAAUCUAAAAAAAGAAAAGGGAAAUGAAAAUGAAGAACUAUAUGAUAAUAAAAAAUGCGAAGUAAAUACUGAUAAUAGUUAUAUUCUAAAUACAGAGAACACACAAAUAAUUACUUUGGAUUCUUUGCAAGAUCAAAUGUUAAAAGAAAAUUUGCUUAAAAAACAAUAUAUAGAACAACAAGAAAAUAAUUAUUCUAAUGAUUUAAAAUAUAUAAGCACAAAUAAACAUAAUUUUGAAAAAAGAGAAGAAAAAAAAAAUAACGCAAUAAAGAGUAAAGAUGAAAACAUAAAAAAUGAAAAAAUUAUUGAUAAAGAAAGAAAUAAAAAAAAUGGUCUGAGUGAAUGGAGUAAAUUUGAUGUUGAAAAUAUAAUGGAUGUUAUAAAGGAUAAAAAAGAACAAAUUCUUGAAGACGAAAAGAAAAAAAAAAACCAAGUUACACAAUCUAUAAUAGAAGAAAAAAUGAAAAAUAGAGAAAAAAAAGACAUGAAUGAGCAAAAAACAGAUACACAAACAGAAACCUUAAAAGAUUUGAAAGAACAAACAAAAAAUGAAGAAAUUGAACAAAAUCAGUUAAGAGGAGAAAAUAUAGAGGAACAAGAACAAUUAAAAAAAAAGUAUACAGACCAAGAAAUUCAUAAUGAAAUAGAAGGAAAUUCAUUAGGGGGAAGUAAUAAAGUUCAAGAACUGGAUAACGGUAAUUAUGAUACAAAUGAAACAGGAAGUAACUUUUUGUAUAUAAAAAAUGAUAAUGUAAGUAUAAAUGAAAAAGAGUUAGAAAAAGAACUGGAAUUAUAUUUUAAAAAAGAAGGGUUUUUAGUGUCAUCUAAUUCAUUAUAUAAAAUCUCAGAAAAAGAUGAAUUUGAUUUAUGUUAUGCUAAUACAUCAAAAAAAAAUUUUCUUAAUUUCUCAAAAAUGAUGAAAUCAGUGAAUACAGAAUUAUCUGAAAAAGAAUAUGAAAUUUCUUCCAGUUCUAUAGACCAAUUUGAUGAUGAUAUAUUUGUGAGCAACUCUGAUGAAAAUGCUACAAAUAAACAUAUAAAGGAUGCUUUCUGUACAAAUGAAUACAAAGAUGAAGUUAAAAAAAAAAAAAAUAGUGAAAAAAAAAAAGAUGAUUUGGAAAAUAAAAUAGAUGUUUUUGAUAUAUCAAAUAUAGAAAAUGGUAUAAAUACGAACUGCAGAACUAUAAGAGAGAAAAAUAAUGAUGAUCAUAACAGUGUAGAAGAAAAAAAUCGAUACUACGACUUUUUAUUUUCCAAAAAUAAAAAUUUAUUAUUCAUUGAUUUAUUAAAAAAUAAAUGUAGUAGAAGAGAAAAGUAUUUAGAUGACAAAUUAGAACAUAAGUAUAAUAUUUUAACGAGUCCUAAUUUUGAAAAGGAAAAAAAUCUUAUUGAUAAGAUUAUAUACUGCCUAGAUCCAUCAUAUGUAAAUAAUACAUUAGAUGAAAAAAUGAAGUGGAAGCAAAAAUUAAAAUAUAUGCAAGAAAAAUUUCUUGAAUCUAUUCUUUGCGUAUCUUACCCCAAUCACUUAUGGAAUGAAACAAACUUUGAAGAAUAUCUUGAAUCUUUAAAUUUUAAUUCUUUGUUGGAUGAUACAUUCAUAAAAUAUGAAGGGGAUUUAAAUAUUAAUUUGUUUCAAAAAGAAGAAGAAAUUUUUUCCGAUGCAGGAAACAUUGGAGAAGGGGGCUUCGGAAUUGUUACAAAAAUGAGAUUUUUAACAGGUUCUAAAUAUUAUGCUAUAAAAAAAAUAUCAAAAGAACAUAUAAUAAAAUCUCAAGCAGCAGGGCAAGCAUAUUUGGAGGCUAAAUAUCAUUCAGUAUUAAGUCAUGUAAAUAUAAUAAAAAUGUAUGGAUGUAUGCAAGAUGAUCAAUACAUAUAUCAUAUAUUGGAAUUUUGUUCAAAGGGUAGUAUUUAUUCUAUAUCUAAAAAUUUUAAAAAAAGAAUAAUUCCUGAUGAAUUAGCAUACAAAUAUUUUUGUCAUAUAGUUAAUGGAUUAUAUUACUUAAAUCAAAUGGGUAUAUUUCACCGAGAUAUAAAAAUGGAAAAUGUUUUAGUAGAUCAUAAGGAUAAUGCAAAACUAUCUGAUUUUGGUUUAUCUGCAAUGAUAUUAGGUAAAAAAAGCCACUCUUCUUUAUGUGGAACCCUUGUUUAUUUCUCUCCUGAAAUUACAAGUGGGAAUGGAUAUGACUGGAGAUCUGAUAUAUGGUCUCUUGGGGUUUUAUUAUAUGAAAUGUUAGUAGGAGAUGUUCCCUUUGAUGGUACAAAAACUCAAAUUGUGGAAUCUAUUUUUUCUUGUGAUUUAAAAUUUCCAGACUUUGUUAAUCCUCUAGCUAUAAAUUUAAUAAAAAAGGCAUUAGUAGUAGAUGUAAAUAAAAGGAUAAAGUUGUGCGAAUUAUCAUCAGAUCCUUGGAUGCAAGAAAUGUGGAAAAUGGCUUUUCAAAAAGAUUUAAAAAAAAAGAAAAAUAUAAAACCAAAUAUAAAUGAAGAGGGAAUAAAUUUUAAUUUUAUAAGUACCUUAAUACAAGCAGAAUGUUUUAUAAAAAGCAGCCUCAAUGCAUCUUUAAAUUAUAACAUAAAUAAAAAUAUAAAUGAAAUAGAAACAAAUUCCACUAAUCAGACAAAAGAGAACAUUGAUUUUCUAAUUUUAGAAACUCAAAAAAAAUUAGCAGAUUAUUUAGAUCUAGAAGAUUAUUAUAUGAACGAAGAAAAAAUUUGCAGUUCUGAUUCGAUUAGUGAACGUCAUUCAGAUAGUUUCAUUUCUUAUUUUAGUGACCAUCCACUUAAUAUAAAAAAUGAAAUAUUGGUAGAUAAAUACUUUAAGGAAAAUAAAAUGAAUCAUGAACAAGAAAUUAACGAAAAUAUUCCAAAAGAAAAUUAUAAUGACAAAGAAUCUAUAUCUCAAAACGUAAAUGAAGAGACAAAAAAAGAUGCUUUAAAAAUGAAUAAAAAUAAUGAUUUAGUAAAUAAUGAAAAAGAAAUUACAGUGAUUGAAGAAAAAUAUUUAAUAAAUAACAAAGAUAAAGAUUUAAUAAAUAAUGAAAAUAUAAUUAACGAAGAAUUAAAAUAUAAUGAAAUUUAUUCUAAUAAUUUAAAAAUUGAUGUGAAUUCUAAAGAAAAAGAAAUUAACAUGGAAAAUGAGAAGUCUCAUUAUCCUAUUAAUAUUAGUGAAUCACUACAAAUAAACAAUGAAGAAGUUAUUUCAAAAAGUAAUAAUACUAAUAACAGUUCUAUUGUAAUGAAUAAUAAUAAUAGCAUUCAUUUAAGAGAAUUAAAUAGCAAAAGUGUUGAUUCAAACAUAAUAGAAAAAAAUACAAAAUAUAGUUAUAUAAAUAAUAAAUUAGGAGAAUAUACCAAGAAAAAUGAGGAUAUUUGUACUUCUCAAAUACAAGAUAAUAAAAAAAAAGAAGUAAAAAAAAAUGAUAUGAAAGAAGCAUUAGACUCUCAAAACAUUUCAAAUAUCAAAAAUUUGGAAAAUAUUUCUAAUGAUCUAAGUAAAAAAUUAUACAAUGAUGAAAAAGAAUCAAGAUUACUGGAAAAACUUGACGAUACCCUAAUUGAAAAUAAAAAUUUAGAUUAUUAUGAUGAUAAAAAUUACCCUAUUAAAAAUAUUUCAAUAUCAUGUUUAUCAUCAUUAUCUCAAACUUUAGAUACCAAAAAAAAAUCUCUUUGCGAAAAAAAAUUAGAAAUGGAAACUGAAAACAACGAAUUAACAACGGAGAAAUCAAAAAAUACAAAUUAUGAUGUUCAUAUAGUAAAUGAUUGUAAUAAAGAUGUUUCUACAACAAAUAAAGAAAAUAAUGAUAUUUGUAAAAUUUUUACGCAUAUAGAAAGUGAAGAAAGGAAUGAAAAUAAUAAAAAUUUUGAUAAUUCUUCAAUAGAUGUAAAUUAUAAAUCAAGUUCUAAAAAUGAAGAAUUAAGUGAGAUAGAUGAAUCUUAUAUUCCAAUUAAUGUUCUUAAAAAAAAGAUAGGAGAAAUAAUAAAUGAAAGUAAUUCUAGGAAGAUAAAUUUAGAAUUGAGAGAUUCAUUUUUACAUGAUAAAUCAGAAAAUGUUGAAAAACUAAAUAAUAUUAUGUUAGAAAAAAGAUAUAAUAUAAAACAUUGUAGUACGGAAAAAUUAAAAAGCAAAAUUUUAGAUGUAAAAGCAUCAAAACACAUUAAAGAAAUAAAUGAUGAAAGUAAUAAAAUUAAUAAUUUUAAUAGUAAUAUAUCUAUAUAUAAAAGCACAAAAAAGAACUAUGAGAAUGAAAAAAAUUUUAAUGAACUAAACAAUAAAGCUACAAUGAAGUCUAGAUGUACUUCAGAAAAAAUACAAAAUAAAAUAAAAAAAAAUAGUUAUGUUGAAAAUAUAGAUUCCUCUAUUAAAAAAGAGGUAGAAACAAUUUUAGGGAAAACAAUAAUUGGUAAAUAUCAUAAACAGGACUUAACUAGAAGAAAUGAAAAUGGUGAAGAAAGCACAUUGAAUGAAAGUAAGUCAAUUCUGAAAAGUGAAAAGAAUUCAGAAGAUAAUAUUUUUUUAAUUACAGAAACAAGAAAUGAUGAUGUAAUAAUAACAGAGGAAAGUAGUUUGUAUGAUAAAUACAUAGAUAAAAUAAAUGAAUUAUAUCAAAAUAUAAAAAAUAAAAAAUUGGUAAGUGAUGUUGAAACUAUGGAAAAUAUAACAAGCGAAAAUAAUAAAAUAGUGGAUGGGAACGAUAAUAUUGAUUUUGAAAAUAAAAAGAAAUGCAAUGAAAAAAACAAAAUAAAGAUAAAUAAUUGUAACAACAAUAGUAUCCAAAAUAGUUUUAAAGAAUACUCUAAUAAUAUGAAUAACAACGGUGACCAUACUAGUAAGUACGUCGAAUAUAGUGAUAAUAUUAGUAAAAAUAAAGAAAGAUGCAUCAAUAAUUACCUAGAAUAUAAUAGGAAUUCUGAAAUAAGUUAUAGUGAUAGUGAUAAGGAAGUUGAUAAUAAUUAUAUUAAUGCAAUAAAUAAAGGUUUUUCUGAUCAAAGUAACAUAAAAAAUACAAAAUUAAAUGAUUUUUGUUGUACUAAAGAAACAUAUAAAAGUGAGAUAUGUAAGAACAAGAAAACAUUAUUAAAUAAUAAUAUUUUAAAAAUGGAGAAUAAUUUAUAUAAUAAAUUAAAAGAUGAAAAGUGUUUGGGUGAUAAAUUAGCUACUUUUAAGAAGAAGAUAACAAACGAUCCCAGUCAUACUGUAUAUAUAGAAAAAAAAGAGAAAACAUUUUUAGAAUUAAAGGAAAAAAUUGUUCAUGAUAAUAAUUUAAAUAUAAAAUCAAGAAUAACACCAGAUUUUUUUGCUCCUAAUACGAAAAAUUUUCAUUCUAGUAAUAGUGAAAAUGGUGAUUUUAUUUGUGAAAAAGAUAAGGAAAAAUAUUGCUAUAUGAAUGAAUAUUCACUAAGUUCAUCUAAUUCAGAUUAUUCAAAUGAUAAACAAUUUUAUAUAAAAUAUAAGAGAAAUAAAAUUAAUUUAGAUAAUAAUAAUCCUUUAAAGAACGAUGGAGAAAAUUAUAGAAAUAUAAAAUAUUCUAGUAAACAUAAAAAUAAGCUAGAUUAUGAUAAAUAUAAAAAUACAAAUGCUCAUAAUGACAAAAAAAUGAAAAAUAAAGAAAAAAACAUAAAUCCAUUUGAUGUAUUAUGUUUUGAUAAUAAAGUAACAUUCAUGGCAUCUCAAAGUGAAACUGAAAGUGGUAAUGCAUCGAAAAUUACUGAUAACAGUAAAGCAAGUACUCAAAAGAAUAAUUCAGGUUCAAAGAGGAAUAUUUGUUACAAAAUAUCGAACUUAGAAUUAAUAUCAAGAAUACACAAAAACAAAUUAAGUAACUCUCUUGAUGAUAAAAAAAGAAAAAAGAGAGAAAAUAAUUUAGAUGAAAAAGGAAGCAAACAGAUUAGUACUAUUGGAAAUAUGAACAAAGAGAGUACCAACAAAAAUCUAAUGAAAAGUGCAUCUACUCUAGAGAUGAAUACAAAAAAAAAUGAAAUAGAAAAAAAUAAAUUACAGAAAAAGGAUGAUUAUAUAGCUCUAAAAAAUAAACGAAAUAAUAAAAAUGAGAUUAAAGAUGAUUCCGUUAUUAUAACCAAAAGAAAUACAUCAAUGAACACUAAUUUAUCUACAAGAAAUGUUUUAGAAAAAGAAUCAGAUAUACAAAAAAAUAAAAUGAAUAACUUUUUGGAUUUACUUAAUGAAAAAAAUGAAAAAUGCAAUGAAUUGAUAAACAAUAAUAUUAACAAAGAUGCCUCAAAAAAAUUAGAAAAAGACAAACUGGAUUUAAUCAAUGAUGAGGUAAUUCUUAAUAUGGAAAAAAAAAAUGAUUUAUGUACAUUUAAAAAUGUAGAAGAUACUAAAUUAAAAAACAUAAAAUGCAAAAUUAAUGAAUCAGUAUUACAAAAAAAUAGAAUUUCAAUUAAGAAUGAUUAUAAUAUAUUAUUUAAUAAAGGCAAAACAAUAUGUUUUCAUAUGGAAAAAAAUAAAAAGACACAUGAUAAUAAAAUUAAAAAAAAUAGAAGUGUGCCAUUAAGAAACAUGGAAAGUUUAACGAAGGUAAAGAAUACAUUCAGUGAAAAAGUGAAUAAUAAUAUUGAUAUAAGAAAUAAUUGUCCUUCAAGUAAAAAAAAAGAUGAUAAUAGUAAUACAAAAGAGUGUUUUAUUAGAGAAAAAAAUUUAAAAGAAAAUAUACCAAAUACUAUAAAAAAUCAAAGUAAAUUUUGUAAUAAUAAAUAUGAAAAUUCUCUAGUUCAUGGGAAUAAAUCUAUUCCAACGAUGAAUAUAAAAGAUAAAGCAUUAAGAAUAAAUACUCCUUCAAAAGAUAUAAUUAAAAAUAAUAAUAAUUUUAUGCAAAAAAAUAAAAAAGUGAUACUUGAAAAGGAUUUGAAGAAUUCAAAAGUAAAACAAUAUUUAAAAAAUAAAAUAGAAAAAAUAAAAAAUAAAAAUGACAAUAUAUUAUGUACCAUAGAAAAUGAAAAAGGUGAAAAUAGAUACAUAAAUAUGGAUUUGUAUAGUAGUGAAUCUAAUUCUUUAUAUAGUAAGAAUGAACAAAUUUAUCAAAAAAUAAAUAUUGAUACUGAUGUAAAUGAAGGAAAGAGAUCUGUAAGUGAAUUUUCAUUUAGCUCAAAUUCUAAAAAGUUUAGCAACCAAAAAAAUUAUAAUGAGUUAAAAUUAAGAAAAAUAUCAACUGGUUUACAAAAAUGUGGGGAUAACAUGAUUUUAGAAACACAAAAAAAAAAUAAACAGGCAAAAACUUUAUCUAGAAGUAAAAGUGAAUCUAUUAAGUAUUUUACUUUUUCAUCAUCAGAAAGUGAUGUAUCAUUAUCCUUUACAUCUGUAGAGAAAAACGAGAAAUGUGAACUGGAUAAGUUUCAAAAAAGUGAAGAACAAAAAAAGAAAAAGAAAAGUGAAAAUGAGGUAAGCAAACUUGAAGAUAAAAAUGAAAAUAUCAAAACGGAAGAAACAAAGAUAAAAAAUAAAAAUGUAAGAAGUAAUAUUAUGUACAAAAAUAAUUCCUUACAUAGAAAAAUGAAUUUUUCUAAUGUAAAAAGUAAGAUUAACACAAAUAUAUAUAAGAAAUCAAAAAAUGAAGGAAAUGUUCUUACUGAUGGAGAAAAGAUUAAAUUGAAUGAAAACGGCGAAAACAAUAGAAGAGCAAAGAGCGCAAAAGUUCCUUUUAAAUCAAAUAAUGCUUUAUAUAACUUAAAUUUUAAUACAAGUAAUUCUAUUACAUUAAAAGAUAAAAUGAAAAAAAAAGAUAAUUUAAUUAAUAAUUACGAUUCAAAAAAUAAGGAUGUAAUUCUAUGUAAAAGGCUUAACUCUCUACCAGUAACUAGAAGGUUGGUUAAUGAUAAAAAUAAUAAAAUAAAAACAUUUAACAAAAAUUCUUUUGGAAAAACUGAAUCUGUUAAGAAAAUGAAAACUUCAUUCUUUAAAACCAAUUCCAAUACAAAAUAUGAAGAAGAACUUCAAAAUAAAUUGCUAAGUUUAAAUAAGAAACAAAUUUAUGACAGUAUGAAUAACUAUAAUAAAAAUAAUAUUAAUAACAACUAUAAUGAUUAUGUUACUCAUAAUAUUGACAAGGGUAGUGUUACAUAUGUUUCUAGUAGCCACUAUAAUAAUAUUGACACAAAAAAUAUCAGUGAUAAUUAUAAUAUUAAAAAUUUUUACGAAAAUGAUACUUGUAAUAAGCAAGUUAAUUUUAAUGGUGAUAAAUAUAACACAAUUUUAUGUAAUAAUAAUAAAUGUACAAUGAGAAAUUGCCAAAAAGAUGGAUUUAAUUCGAAAGUUAAGAAUCUUGAUGAAAAAGAAAAAAUUAAUUAUAACAAAGAAAAGGCAAAUUUAAUCAUAGGUGAGAAUAAUAAAUUAAUGUAUAAAAAUAAUCAUUUUUAUAACAGGGAAGGCACACUAAUGAAAAAUUGUUAUUUAGAUAACUCUAUUUCUAACGAUUUGAAUAAAAUUAACAUUAACAGUGUCAUGAAUUAUAACAAUAAGAUAUGUUAUAUUAAGAGAAAUAAUAAUAAUAAUAAUAAUAAUGCACCAUUUAAUAUAGACAAUGAAAAUAAUAAAUAUAUAAGUAAAUUUGACAAAUCAUAUCAUAUGAAUACCAAAAAAGGAGACACUAAUACAUCUAAUACAAAAAGUCGGAAUGAAAUAUAUAUUAACGAAGGAUAUAAAACAAAUAAUAUUUAUUUAAAUAAUUUAUCUGAUCAAAUUUCAAGUGUGAAUAUAGGGGAAAAUAACGGUGCAAUCAAAAGAAAUCAUACAUGUAGCAAAAUAAUGAAUAUCCGUCAUAUAAAUUCAGUAGGAUCUGAAACUGGUUUUAUAAAUAGCAACACUAACGCAAAAAAUACACAGGAAAAAAGAGUUAAUUUACCUAGUUUUUACAAAAGUUCAAAUAACAAUGAAAUUCAUUUACAUAAUAACAUUAAGAAUAAUAUAAAAAAUGAACAAAAUAAGUAUGAACUACAGAUGAAUAAAUAUUUGAAUACUAAUAUUGAUGAGUACAAUACUAAUAGGUAUGCAUUACCCUAUUCUAUACAAAAUUGUUUAAAUAAUAGUUCCAAUUCACAUAAAAAUAAAGAAAAAAAGGAAAAUACAAAAUUAUACUAUGGUAAUUAUAUAAGAAAAGCAAAUAAAAUAAACAAUUACAAUGUAGAAGAAUUAAAAGGAAAUGUAAGUGAAACAAAUAUUAAUACAAAAUUAUCUACAAUAUUCAAAUUAGCAAAGAAUAAAUUAUUAAAGUCAAACGACAUAAAAAAAAGUCCAUCAAAUUCUAAUAUGAUGAACUGCAAUAUAAAUCCGCAUGCACUAAAUAAUAAAAACAAUAAUAUUCCAAAAAGCAGUUACAAUAAAAACAUAAAAAACUCUAUCUGUUUUCAUCAUGAUAAGAUAGAACAAGAGAGUAGAAAAACUGUUGUAGGAAAUCAUGAAAAAAAUAAUUAUAAUCACAAUAAUUAUAAUAUGGAUAUGUUAAAUAAAGGUUUAAUUGUUAAAUUUCUUAAUUCUUAUAAUCCUAGAUGUAUAAAAGAAAAAGAUAGAUUAAGUAUACCAAAUAAUAUAAAUGUUUCCCAUAACACAUUAGAAAGUCACAUAUAUAAUAAUUCAGAAAAAAAACAAUUAUAUAAUAAUAGCGAUAUUUUUAAAGAAAAAGAGCACUCAUUUUGUGAAGAAAAAAAUAAAGCAGUUCGUAUUUUAAGCACAAAUUCCAUUAGACAAAAUUGUGAAAAUUAUUCAUAUGAUGGUAAUGAGAAAUAUAAUUCAAUUAAUCAUAAAGAUGAAGAAAUGAAUAAUAAUUAUAAUACAGAAAAAAAAAAAAUAAGAAUUGCUAUAAAUAAACAUGGAAAAGAAUUUUUUCUUAAUUCUUCAUUACAUGUCAUAAAAUAA